UUCUUCCUUCCAAACACACUUUAAGAAAUUAAGUAGUUUUAAAAUAUUAAAUAUAAACGAUAAUUUCCUUGUAGUAGUAAACGCACAUCAUCAUGAAUUGCAUAUCUACUUAAGCACUCACUAAUCACACAUCUUUCAAACCAAAAACAAAGUGGGCAUUUGAUUCUUUGCCAAUUAGUUCUUCCCAAUCCCCACCAUACACAAUUUGCUACCAUUAAUUAAGCAAAAGAAAAGGGAUUCUCAUCUCACACUCAACAUGUAAAAAUCUCAAAGCACAUCUAUAUUCUACAAUAAAUUUUUGGUGGGCCCUUCAUUUUUUGUACAGGUGUUUAGCUUAAAAAAAUACUCAAUUAAAUUGUGAUCCCAGAUAUGAUGAUAAGCAAUGAAGCAGAAAGACCUGUUUCACUCAUCACAGUAACACACAACCUUUGUUUUAGUCUCUCUGUCUCUUUCACUUACUCCAGCAGCUGAUAGGAUUUUUUUUUUUUUUGAAUUUGCCCCUGGCCCCAUGUGUAAUUUCAGCCUAUAUCCACUCAAAUUGAUCAAGAUUCCAAAUGGGUAGUUCUUUUUUUGCUUUUUUUGAUUGAAUCAAACCCUACAAUUUCUGGGUUUCUAUAGUAGUAUUAUUUUUUAUUAUUUUUCUAUGAUCUUGGAUAUUGGAGAAAAUCCCAGGUCAAAAGUUCACUUCUUUUUGCCAAAUUUUUGUUUCAAGUGGUUUAUGGUAUUGGGUCAAUGAGAAAGUUAGGAUUUUUGAUUGCAUUCAUUAGCUAGCUAAUUAUGAUUAGGUUAGUUCAUUUGUGGAUAAAAUUCAAAGUCUUGAUUGAUCUAGAUUUGUUACUUGGGUUUCUGUUUGUUAUUGAACAUCUGGUUAACACUCAGUUAACAAUUUCUGGGUUGUGAUUUAAGAAAUUAAGGAUUUAACCAAUGAUCUAUGACAUUAAUUUGAUUACUACUAUAAUAGGAUUUGGGAUGAGCUCUAUUUUCAUUGUGUUUGUAUGCACAAGGCUCAUUUGUAGGAGGCUUCAUGUUUCAGAAUCCAGGAGGACUGUUGACACCGAACCCGAAAUCGAUCUGGAGCAGCCAAUGCAAAGCACUGAUGGCCUCGAACCCUUUGUGGUUGCUGCAAUACCCACGAUGAAGUUUCACCGCGAUGCUUUUAGCUCCACAGAAGAUUCACAGUGCUCUAUUUGCUUAGGGGAGUAUCAAGAAAAAGAAAUACUAAGAAUUAUGCCCAAGUGCAGCCACAGUUUUCAUCUAUCCUGCAUUGAUCCUUGGCUGAUGAAGCAACCUACUUGCCCAGUUUGUCGGCUUCCCUUAAAACAUUCUUUUGAUCCUAAACAAGUUAGCUUGAAUGUCAUUGUUGGGCUUUCCACGGACGAACACAAUUCAUCGUUUACACCUGGUUCAAGGCACUCACUGAGCAAUGCAGGCAGCCAAUUGCAUCACCAAUCAAUGUCUAGCAACCUAGAUCCCGAUUUACGCUCAGAAUCUGAGCCUAGGCAUGGAUAAAAUUAGUAGUCUUGGAUUUCUCUGAUUUCAUUUGAUUGAGAUUCAGAAGUGCUACAAAGUGACCUUAUGCAUGAAACAUUCUUUUAAGAAUCUAAAAGAUAGAUUUGUUUGAAUUUUCAAAGGCAUUAUGUGUAGAGGUUGUGAAUAUAUUAAUGUACAAUUCGUUGGCAAAAGUAAUUCAUUGUGUAUCAUCGGCAUUACCUGUUGUAUGUUUAAACUGUGGAUUGCUAUUCAUGUGAUUUGAAGCAAAUCUGUUGAUAACUUUAAGAUUGAA